AUGUCAAUGGGACCCCGAAUCACCCCGUCCAAUCCAGUGCGGAAACUGGGCCGUAUGGAUUAUGAGCGUUGCGCAGCAUUACAUAAUGAGCUCUAUCAGCUGUCAUGGAGGGGAUCUUGUUCAUCGCCACAUAUUACCUGGUGGGAGUAUUUUUCGCCAUCGCAGAAGAUUGCAGAAACCUUAGACCCUUCUCUGAUUGAGUUCUUAAAAUUGACCUAUGUCGAGCCUAAGGAUAACCCUAAGGAUCCGAUGGAAAGGCCUGCUCUCUUUUACUGGAUCCAUAGUCUCAUUCCUCCUGAUGCCUUCUUUGAAACUUUGGUAGAGGAAUUGUACCCCGGUCGGUUUUUGUGGCUCUAUUGUACCACAGGUUAUAACAUGGGCGAUGAAAGGGGUAUUUUGUAUGAUCAGGAAGAAUCUCUGGCAGCCUUCGUCGGCCAUAUAUUUGAGGAGUCUCCAAUGUGUAUUCACGGCUGGGGUUUUAAGCCACUGGAGGUCAUUCUCGAUGCAUAUCUUGACAUGAUUGAUGAAGCUAAAGUCACCCUGAUGUGCCCUAACCCUCCAGACUGGCCUGCGGUUAUGAAGCCAUGGGUUCUCCAUCCAUAUACCAAGUCCGAUGUGGAUAAAGCCCUGUCUGCUAUGCAAAAACUGCUUGAUGCUAUUCAGGCCCGCCAGCCAGUCCAUGAAGCGACUAACUCCUACAAUCCUUGGUCUGAUCUAGACCUGCUCACCUCAAUUAACUUACCACCAAAGACCUUCAUACACGACUUUCUCACGGGUCUGUCUCCACAAAAGAUACCCUUUCGCUAUAUUGCACCUGGAAUCCGACUACCAACUGUUUCAGAGUUCGCCGCCCAGCCCUACCUCGGCUCUUACCCAACAAAUGAUCCAACAAAACUACCCCUACUCCUUUUCUAUACAGAUAACAAGAAGGGCCUUGGCGGUGGCCUUCAUCGUCUCUCGCCACCGCCCCCUCCGCCAUCCUAUUCACCGCCUAGUAAUAUUCCGAAGCUCCCAGCAGGGCUAUAUAUAGAAAGGAUUCAUUCAAACACAAACCGUGCGUUUUCGAACGCGUGUUAUCUUCUUUUACCUUUCGUGGUUGGGGGAAACGGAUGGACACGGACUAGCGAUGGAGCCCAAACAGGGAUAUCGAUAGACGAAAUAGAAUCCCAUCCGGAAGGGGAUGACAAGAGCCUCUACCAGUCUGGACUCAAUGGCUUCGGUGAUCGCGGUAUGGUUCAGUUAGUCAAGGUACUGCUACGCUGGGCACAGAUGGUGGAGGAUGGUGAGUGGGAGAUUGGAGAAGAUGGGGUGGUUGACAAGAUCGAGAGGUUUAAGGAUGCUGAUACGGAGAUGCAUUGGUACAAGUAUUGCCUUCCUCCUAGUUGGUGA